AUGCGUGCCAACAGCCCGAGUUACGUGGUGGAUGAGCAAUUCGACCUGCCCAUACUGGUUGCCUUAUUCUUAGCCCUGUGUUACCUCCUGAUGGGAGCAGCAAUCUUUCAACAAAUAGAAGACUGGAGCUACUUCGAGUCGCUAUACUUUGUGGUUAUAUCCAUGUUCACAAUCGGCUUCGGCGACUACGUUAUUUCGGACUCGGUCACAAUGGCUGCGUCCAUGGCGUACUUCGUGUUUGGACUGGCGCUGACGUCCAUGUGCAUCAACAUCGUCAAGCUUCGUUUCUCUGCCAUCUUCAUAUCUGUCGGAACGACGAUCACAGAUAAGCUACGCAGAACCUCGCGGUCACUGGCCCCUCACCAGGUGGAAAUGGCGCCCGUGCACGGGGACAAGGCUGACCGCAAGGUCGCCUGGAUCGUCGACAAGAACGCGCUGAGCGGCUCGUGAGGAGCGGCGCUGGCUGA